GAGAGAGAGAGUGUGUGUGUGCUGUUCUUCAUCCCUCUCUCCUCCUCUUCCUCUCUCCGUCUCUCCGCUCUCUGUUUCGGUGCUGAAGCUGAGACACUCUGUCCGUGCGUUGCCGUGGAGAUGGGCUGCCGGCUGUCGGGGCCGUGGCUGGGGGACGGGAUGGGGGUGAAUACUCGGGACUUGAGCCACAUACGGAAGAGAGAGGCUUUAAGAAUUCUGGCCAGCUACGAGCAGCCAAUCACGCUGCAGAUAGAGGGGCGGAGGGGGCGGAGCCUGCAGUUCCACAGAACGUCAGACUGCAGUACACAAACAGAGCGGCCAUGGGACACCUUACAUACCCUCGCCAUAACACACGGGCCGUACUCUGACAGGCCCUACUACAGUCACGUGACCCUGCCUGGUGACCAUGGAGACGGAGGCAGAUAUGAUUACCUACCCAACGCUCCGCGGGACCUGGAGGACAUGCACGCUAUUCCAUGCCAUGAUCCUGAGCUGUCGGCAAGAGGGCCACCGGGACAGAGCUGUCUCAUUGGCUGCUGCAACACCAACUUGGAGGAACCCAGUAGCUUCCAGAGUCAGACCGAGGACGAGGACUACAUGCUGGAAAAAACAAUGGGUUAUCUUCCUCUACAUCAUGAGCUGGACAGCGGGUUAGGCUGGACUGACGGCAGCUUCCACCAGGGGGAGCUCUCAGGUGUGGAGACAGAGGAGGGCCUGGAGGAGUGCCACACACACCGAGGGGGAGGAGGAGGCUCACCUUCAUCCGAGUCGUUCAUAUCUUCUGAGCUGAGUGACUCCGGGUUCUACAGCGUUAGCACCGGCGAGUUCCUGCGGUUUCCAGCGGCUGCUGGAGAAGCGGAUGCGCCUUUACAACGCCCGCAUGCACCACCAGGGGGAGCUCAGGGACAGCCAGAAGGGUCACCGUGAGCUGGAGGCCAUCCCAGAAGCACUAACGGUCCAGCCCCAGAACGUCUGUGUGCCUGGUGGUGUUGGUGGGCACCCAAGAGGUUUGUUUAGGGUGUCUUCAGUGCAGUUCCGGAAGACGGAGCGUCCCUGUUUGAACCGGCACAGCUCCAGCAGUGGCGCCCUUUUCACGCCCCAUGCCGCUCUCUCAACCUGCAGUACUCCCUCCAGCCAGAGGAGGAUGCCACCACACCACAGCUCCUCUACUGGGAUGCUGAGGAGAAGCAGAACGCUGCAUCAUCGCCCGCCACAUGUUGAACACCGCAGGAGAGCAAGUCACCCAGCGUCGCCAAACUACUGCAUGACCCUGCAAAACUACGGGCACAGGAUCCAGCAAGAGCUGCCCGAGGAAUCUGAAACGGAUGUGCACCAUGCUAACCACCCAUCACACCAUGCUAACCAAGCCACACACCAUGCUAACCAAGCCAUAAACUAUGCUAACCACUCAACGCACCAUGCUAGCCAAGCCACACACCAUGCUAACCAUCCAAGUCACCCAGCCGAUUAUGCUACACACCAUGCAAACCAAGCUACACACCAUGCUAACCAAGCUAACCAAGUUCCACACCAGGCUAACCAUCCAAUACACCCCACUGACU